AUGCAGAACCAUAACUCCAAGAUCUCUUCUCCGCCACCUAAGAACCCUUCUUCCUACCCAAGGAGAUCAAAAGGAGGUUCCUAUAGCAAAGAGAGGGAGACAAGCCAGCCUGUUGCUACUGGUUUCCGGAUGGAAGAGUCUUCUCCAAGGAUUAUAUCUGGAGAGGGUUGCUUUACUAGUGCAGAAAGACCUGUGAUGUAUCAUGGUGGAGAUAUGUUUAGCGAGACUAAACCAUUACAGAUACACGCUUCAGCUAAGCAAAACAUUACCUCCAACAAAGUUGCCAAGUGA